AGGAAGUGAGAAAUAGUAGCUUGACGCGUGUUGGAGUGUUUGGCAAUAAAAGGAGGAGACGACGACGCGGGGAAUCUCCGGUCUCCACCGACAUCCCUUCUCUUCCAAAUCCUGUGAUCCCAUUCCAAUCCGUUCCGUUCAGCUCAAUCUCAAAAUCUCAAUGGCCGAUAAUGAGCAACCGAAUAACGAGGAGGCAAGUCCUCUUCUCCACCAGCCCCAUCCCCAACCCAAAUCCGAACCACCAACGCCACCUGAGACUCCCGAGUUUCUCCUCGGCUGGACCGCUGAUGGGCUCCCUCUGGCCCACGCCAGUGUCGUGGGCCAGCCCAUGGGCCGCGCCCCUUGGAACUCCUCCAUCUGCGCCUGUCUCGGCCAAAACGAUCACUUCUGCAGCAGCGAUCUCGAAGUUUGUCUUCUUGGGAGUGUGGCUCCUUGUGUGCUGUAUGGAAGCAAUGUUGAGAGACUUGGAUCUGCUCGUGGGACAUUUGCCAAUCACUGCUUGCCUUAUUCUGGAAUGUAUAUAAUUGGAAAUUCCUGCUUUGGUUGGAAUUUCCUUGCACCCUGGUUUUCCUAUCCUAGCCGGACGGCUAUUCGUCGCAGGUUCAAUUUAGAGGGAAGUUGCGAAGCACUUAAUAGAUCAUGCGGGUGCUGCGGAAGCAUUUUGGAAGAUGAGGUGCAGCGUGAACAUUGUGAGUCAGCAUGUGACUUGGCAACUCAUGUCUUCUGUCAUGUAUGUGCUCUUUGUCAAGAAGGUCGUGAGCUCCGUCGUAGGUUACCUCAUCCUGGCUUUAAUGCUCAACCAGUACUGGUUAUGAUUCCCCCAGGAGAGCAGACCAUGGGACGUGAGGCUUGAAAAUUUUCUCCUUCAUCUUGGAAGUGCUAUUCGUGCGUAUAUUACCGUUGUCUUGCUCUAUAUUAUAUAACUUGAUGUUGUCGAACCGUGUGAUGACUUUAUUAAAAGAGGGCCCUUUAUUAUUUUUUUUUUUUAUAUAAAUAAGAACAUCAAACAUCAUCAUAAUUUCUGUUUGCUUCCCUACUGUUUUGUAUCAUAUAUGGAUUUGAAAUGAUAUUGGAGAAAUUUUUCUCCUAGUGUCUAUGCGUAAUUA